AUGUACAAAUAUACACAUAUACAUAUAUAUAUAUAUAUAUCAAUACUUAACUUUGCUCAUAGGCAUAUGUUUUGUUUUUCUUGUUGUUGUGGUGUUGAUUGGAUUAGAUUAUUCUCUUUUAUCUUCUUGGGGUUUUGUUUAGAAUUUAGAGAAUUUCUUGGAUCUAGAAGCACCAGCAGAAACUUUCAAAACAUUGAAUCUGACAGUUUUAGAAAUUGGUCUACAUUGACCAACGGUGACAACAUCACCUUCUUCAACUCUGAAAGCUGGAGAGACGUGAGCAGCAACAUUCUUGUGUCUUUUUUCGUAUCUGUUAUAUUUUGGAACGUAAUGCAAGUAAUCUCUUCUGAUAAUGAUGGUACGGUGCAUUUUGGUGGAAACAACAGUACCGGUCAAGAUUUUACCUCUGAUGGAAACAGUACCAGCAAAUGGACAUUUUUUGUCAAUGUAAGAACCUUCAAUGGCAGCUUUUGGGGUUUUGAAACCUAA